AUGUUCAAGUCAGUCACAACACGCGCCGCAAGGCAGUUCGUUCAGCCAGCGUGCGCUGCUCGUCGAUACGCCUCUGGAACCGCCAAUGCCUUCGACUGGAAAGACCCGCUAGGGAGCAACAACUUGUUCACAGAUGAGGAGAUGGCAAUCUCGGAAACAGCUGAGGCGUACUGCCAGGAGCGAAUGCUACCUAGAGUGCUUGGUGUGCGAGCCUCGCGGGGAGAGAUCAAAUAGUGGGCCGCUAACGUGGGCAACAGAGGCGUUUCGGAAUGAGGAAUACGACAAGAAAAUCUUGGAAGAGAUGGGAGAGCUAGGUCUGUUAGGUGCAACAAUCAAAGGAUACGGCUGCGCAGGCGUGUCGUCUGUAGCGUCUGGCUUGAUCACGCGAGCUGUCGAAAGAGUGGACUCGGGAUACAGAUCAGGCAUGAGCGUGCAGUCGUCGCUGGUAAUGGGCGGUAUCGAAGAGUUUGGCACCGAAGAGCAAAAGGACAAGUUCUUGCCUGGCAUGGCGCAGGGCAAGAUUCUGGGCUGCUUCGGGUUGACCGAGCCCAACCAUGGCUCGGAUCCUGGCAGCAUGGAGAGCACGGCGAAACCGCACCCAAGCAAGGAGGGAUACUACAGUCUGUCUGGCUCCAAGACGUGGAUCACUAAUUCGCCCAUCGCGGAUGUAUUCCUCGUGUGGGCCAAAUUGCACGAGACUGGCAAGAUUCGGGGGUUCUUGGUUGAACGCUCGCAAUGUCCGCCGGGCACUCUGGAGACGCCCAAGUUGGGCCACAAGAAUGGUCUGCGCGCAUCCGUCACCGGCAUGAUUCAGAUGGAUGGCGUUCCUGUGGCGAAGGAGAUGAUGUUUCCCGAGGUUGAGGGCUUGAGAGGGCCAUUCUCGUGUCUCAACAGCGCCAGAUAUGGGAUUGCUUGGGGCGUGAUGGGUGCGCUGGAGGACUGCAUUUCGAGGGCACGCGAAUACGCUUUGGAGCGAAAGCAGUUCAAGGGCAACCCGAUCGCGAAAUACCAGCUCGUCCAGAAGAAGCUCGCGGAUACGACCACCGACGCUGCGUAUGGCAUCCUCGCGGCGUGUCAGGUCGGAAGGCUGAAGGAUGAAGGCAAAGCCGCGCCGGAAAUGAUCUCCAUGAUCAAGCGACAGAACUGCGACAGGGCACUCAUCGGCGCGCGGCAGCUGCAGGAAGUAUUCGGGGGUAAUGCAGCCAGCGAUGAGUACCACAUUGGACGGCACGUUUCGAAUCUGUUCGUGACGCAGACAUACGAGGGACAGAGUGACAUUCACUGUAAGCUGAGAAUCGUCUUUCCGUGUGCUCAACAACGUGAUUGCUGACUUCAUCCAGCUCUUAUCUUAGGACGGGCCAUCACCGGUAUCCAGGCCUUUGUUUAA